UAAGGGCGCCGCCUCGCUCCCUCCAUUCCUCCUCUGAGCUCCAUCUCUUCCCCUUUCAUCUCGUUCGCUAUCGGAUUAAAGUUUUUAGGGUGAGGGUUAGACUUUCGAGAGAGAGCGAGAGAGACAAAUGGAGAGAGAGAUCCCGACCGGAGUUCCCACCAUCGCGGCCGCUGUCGCCGCCGAGGAAGGGCUGAUGGGCGCCGUUCCCAAGCUCCCCACCGCUGCAAGCUUCCCGGUCGGAGCCUUGCCAUUCUACGCCAUUGAUUCCGUCGUUUCGUCUUCCCAUAUCGGGUGUUCGGCUGCUCCGUUUCCGGACCAGCUCGAAUUCGGCUUCUUCGCGGAGGACCUCGCCGCCCUUCCUGAGUGCCACCUCGUAGACUGCCUCGCCUGCAUGGAUGCCAGCCUCAAGCUUAAGAGCCCCAAGAUCGAGCCACUGACGAACGGGAAACAGGCCUGGAUCUCGCCGGAGGUCGGGUCCCAAGGAUUCCGCCGCCUCCCCGGCCUCUGGUCUCUGGAGCCGGUCCCGGAACCGGCGAAGAAAUCCCCCAUUUCGCCGCGCCUGUCCGGCGAUCUGAUCUCCAUCAUCGAGUCGUCUCAUAAGCGUUUCCGGCCAUCUUCUCCGCCCACAACUCAUGCCCCCUCGCCACCACCGCCGCCGCCGUUAAAGUCUCCUUCCACUUGCUCCGCCUUCCAACGACGAGGGGCGGCAGGGCGAAACCUGAGGCCAGCGGUGCCAUCGAGUGAGAUCGCGCGACAGAGGCGGAAGAGGAUCAGCGACCGGACGCGGAUUCUGGAGACGCUAAUGCCGUGGGAGCGGCGGAUGGACACGGGAACGAUGCUCCAGGAGGCGCACAAGUACGUGCGGUUCUUGGAGGCCCAGGUGACGGCGCUCCAGAAGAUGCCGUGCUCCUCCGCGUUCGCGCCGGUCCAUCUGCCGGCGGGCAGGUUCGGUGGGCUGGAGCUGCUGAACCGGCAGCAGUUGCUGCAGGUGAUGGUGAACUCGCCAGUGGUACAGGACAUGCUGUACCGGAAGGGUUUGUGCGUGUUCUCGGCGGAGCAGGUAGCGGCGCUCCCGCCGGCGGAGGAGCAAAGCCCGCAGGUGAUGCGGCCCCUCGGCUAGCUCCACCGUCGCCAAAUGAGUACCCCUCUUUCGUACCACCAUACGGACGUCACCAGGUUACUUACAGCUAGCUCUCUUUUUUUUCAAAAAAAAAAAAAUCCUCGAUGGUUGUGGGAUUUGGGACGAUGCCGUAUUCCAUUUUGGGUAGUGUUUUCAGAGGUCCCGAUAUUACGGUGUAAUUGUCUAAGCCUCUAAUGAGGUUCUUCAUUUUUCCACCUUUUUUUGGAAGAUAUGGAUGAUGGACACUGAAGGGUUCAAUAUAUCCAAUGGCCAUGAUGUAACCGUUUGAUGAUAGUCUACGCGUACAUUAUCAUUUGUUAUAUUAAAGAGUCGGUUUUUUUAGAGGAGUUCGUUUUGUCGGGUUUUCU